UGUGUUGAACCUCAGGGUUUUUAGUCGGACAAACCACAUAAGGAUCUGGAGAAGUGAGGUUGGGACAGACGGGAAGUGUACUGGACAAAUAUUCUAAACAACGGUUAAGGGGAGCCAGCAGCCUUUCCAUGAGGUGGGAAUAUAACGAGGACAAGUUUGAAAUAGAAGAAUUUGUUUGAGGCCCCGUAAUACGUCACAGGCCUUCAACACAGACUUUAUUGAUCAGUGAGUCUUCAAGUGAAUCUCGGCUUCUGUUUUUACUGAGGAAAUUACCCACCUCUUACUGCUGGUAGUGUUGCUGUUUAACAGGAAUCCUCCGGUGCUGCAUCAAAGCUCCAGCAGCAAGAGGUACACGUUUUAAAGCCUCUUUAGCAUUCUCCAUUUGGUGUCUGGGGUGCUGUGACAGGUCACGUCUGGCUCAGGCACACACAACCACACUUACACAUACAAACACACACUCUGACGCUCAACUGUGCAGCUGGAGGAUCAAGAGUUUGUGUUGCACAUACCUGCGCUGAAGAGACUGAGUGUGUGUGUGUGUGUGUGUGGUCUGAGGGACGGAGCUGGUCUGGGAAACUGAGUCAGAGAGGCAGUUCUAAGUGCUUUCUGUCAGCAGAAAAGAGGAGACAAGUUCGUACUGCUGAGUGCUUCUCAGAGCCGGCGAGCAGAGUCAGAGGAAUGAUGAUGAGGAUGAGACGGACGCUGGGCAGACUCUCCUGCUUGGUGACUCUGGUGGUGGAGCUGAGCUGGAUCAACGGGGGCCACAGCAUGGACAGACAGGGAGGGAGUCGGCAGGCCAUGAAGCAGUGGGAACAGAAGGUGCGAUCGGCCUCCAGCCUGGACGAGCUGCUGAGGCUCGAAGAGUUUCCGGACUGGAACCUGUGGAAAUGUCGUCUGAGGCUGCAGCAGCCAGAGAGCCUCUCCUCUCUGCCGUCCGGAGGGUCACACCGCUCCACGCGCUACGCCGCCGAAUCCUACAGCCUGGAGAUACUGAAAGCCAUUGAUGAAGAGUGGCAGCGGACUCAGUGCAUGCCCAGGGAGACGUGCGUCGACGUGGCCAAGGAGCUGAGCACCGACCCAUCGAUGUUCUUCAAGCCACCCUGUGUCUCCGUCCACAGGUGCAGUGGUUGCUGCAAUCAAGAGGGCCUCACCUGCAGGAACACGUCGACUGUGUUCGUGAACAAAACUGUGCUAAGUAUCAUUCCAUUCAACUUUUUGCCGGAACCCGUGCUAAUACAAGUGGCUAAUCACACAGAGUGUCGGUGCAUGGAGCCGGCCAUCAUACGACGUAAUGCUCAGCCUCACAGGAGCAGUGGCUGCUCUCCGACGAGCCGGCGCUCGGCGUCAGAGGACUCCAGGCGACUCUGUGCCAGUGGGUCAAUCUGGGAUUGUUCCGCUGACAGAUGCAUACCUUACCCUUCCAGUACACCAGAGUUGCCACUCAGCUCAUGGAUGCCCGACUGUGAAAUAGAUGUGGAGCGCUGCACCUGUCUUUUCAGUCCGGUGCCAACCCCGGAGCCAAGACCGACCCAACGCUGCCUACUCAACACCACCAUCUGUGCCUUCAGUAAUAAGCGUUUCGAUAAAGCCUUAUGCAGGUGCAGACCGACCAAGUAGAAUUCCACCGGGAAGUAAACGACGACAACCUGCUCACCAGAGAAAAAGGCAGAGAAAAAAAGGCUCAUAAUUUAUUUACAGUCCUAUUUAUGCUGAUCACUUUAACUAAAUAUGAUGAUAUUAACUCACAAGAUUGUGUUUACAAUUGAUUUUACUUUAACAUUCGUACCUUAAGUCUCAAUCAACGUGUCAAGCUUGUUUUGUACAUUUGUUCUUUGUGCACUGAAUAUGUAGUUUAUAUUAAAAGAUUAUUUUUAUAAUUUGAAUUUGCAAUGAAUGUAUGAGUUAUUGCUGGGCUCCUAUCCACAGUUUUUGUCAACAACAACACCCGGUUAGUUGAUUCUUGUUACUUCUGAAAGAUAAUAACGAUACUUUAUAAAAAAUGAUUCACCCUCUGUGGAAGUUUUCAUGUUUUUUUUCCAGUCAAAGGAGAUUUAACCGUUUUUUUUAUUCUUAAAUAUCUGUAAAAAUGUCCAACGAGAAACUUGUAAUGCCCUUGUUCUUUUUUUUCAACAUUUUUAUCAUUAGCGGUUCGGUUGAUUUGAGGUGUGAUACUCUGCAACGUUACCAAUUUGGAAAACAGUUUCUCAAGGUAAUGUAAUUAUGGGAUACGUCGGGCUCCACACGCUGGAGCCUUCAUUCAUCGGGGAUGUAAGGAUGCAUUUACAGGAGCCGUUAAAAAUGGGACAGCCUUAUCACGCCGAUGCUAUUCAACCAGUCUUUAAAUUAAUUCACUGAAUUGAUUCUGUAGCUGUGUCUCAGUACAGUCGGUCAAGGGUGUACACCUCGCCCAAUGUCAUUUACAAUUGGCACCUGCUCCCUGUGAUCAUCAGCACAUUGAGAUGAUUGGUGCACGGACAAAGAGCCUAAAGAAUUUAAUCAUUAAUGAACUCAGGCUCAAUGUAUCUAUUCAGUUGCAGAUAGCAAUGUGUGGAGUUGUCUUUCAUGAUACCUGUGCAGAGAUGAAGCUGUUUUACAAAGAAACAGGAAGAAAUUUCCACAUGGGCAAAACGGACCAGUCCACACAGACUCAAGGCCGAGAUUUCUGCCUAAUGCGCAUCAACUCAAUAAUACUGACGUGGAGGAAGAGAUCACAGCUGCAAAAAAGUAUUUUUACAUUUGUGAUUUAUUUAGAUGACUUUACAUCUUUUUUUCAAACUUUUUAUUUGAGUCACACACAAAUAAAGCCAGACUCCUUAUAACCAAUGUUGCUAAACAAUAAAAAUACAUUUUAAUAUACAAUUAAGCAGCUGUUUCGCUAAUGUGAGAUUUGCUGCAUUGCUCUUAGAACCUGUGAAUAAUUUCUUUGCCAGAUGGUGGCAGAGCUGAUAGAGAUCUGACCCUCUAUACCUUUUAUACUGGAUAUGUAUUUGAGCUUCCAGGUGAAACUCCAUAUUUUCUGAUAACAAGAACUCCGCGGACUGUAAAUACAGCAUCUCGUAAAACAUGUCAGCCAUUUGUAAAUGUAUUGAUUUUACUGUUGUUGCUUGGUGAAUGUAUUGAUUUACAGUUUUGUAUUCCUAUAUAUCGCCUGUAAAAUGAGCGUGCCAUAUACGUGCCUCCUUAUUUUCUUUGACUGGAUUUUGUGACCCACAUAUAUUGAUUUAAGAUAUCGUUAUAUUUUCCUGUCAUUGUGUCUAUGAUAUUUUGUCGACUUAUCCAUCCACCUCAACCUCCUCAUACUAACACAACCUUCAUCGCUUCUCUCUGCUCCCAUCAGAAGUCCUACGGCCACUAGAGGUCGCCCUACAAAACCAUUUUUGCAUUGUUAAGAGAUGCUGUACCUUUCAAAGCUUGUGACUCAUUAUCCUUCGUUCAUCCAAUGUAUGACUUUCUAAUGUUCUUAUGCAAGAUAUCAGUGCCCACAAAAGACA